AUGAGAAGAAAUUUACUCAAGUUUACUUCUAUCAACUGUAAGAGGAAUGACUGUGUUUCUCUUUCGAGUAAUUUUUUUUUUAUAAAAAAUAGGUCAUAUAAAUAUAUAACUGUAAGAAGUACAAUAGGCACAAAUGUAAUUAGCGAAAAGGAUAAUCGUAAUAUAUUGAAUCGAGGACAAACAAAUGUCCUACUGAGCAAGAAAAAUAUAUGCACAGAAAAUAAAAUUAAACAAAAUGAUACACAGUUUUAUAAUGACGAAGAAGUAACAGAUCAUAUGCAGAAUGAUUUGGAGACGUCAAAUAAUUACAAUGAAAUGGAUCAAAAUGGAAAUGGAAAUAUGGAUAAUCAAAUGGAUAAUCAAAUGGAUAAUCAAAUGGAUAAUCAUACAGAUAAACACAUGCAUAAUAACCCAUUAUAUGAUAAUGAUUCAUUUGAUAGAUACCAAAAAAAAAGAGAUGAAAUAGGAGAGAAUGGUUUUGUUCAAAAUAGAAGAUAUGAAAAUUAUGAUAAACGUAAAAAAUCAAAAACAAAUUACUCAUAUGAUAAUGAUUAUAAUCAGGGUUCAAGAAAUAAAAGAAACAUGUCAUAUCAAGAUAGAUAUGAAAAUUUAGGAAGUCAAUUAAAGGAUAUCGAAUGGGAUAAUGUUAAAUAUAAAAUUGAAAGGCAAAACCUAUACAGCAACAUAAACAACAAUAAUAAUAAUAAUAAAGGUAAUGAUCAAAAUAAUAACCAAAUCAAUAAUGAUAAUUCAAAUAAUGAACAAACAAAUCGUUUAAGUAAAGAAGAUAUACAAAAUGAAUUAAAGAAAAAUAAUAUUUAUAUUAACAAGGAUGGAAUAAUACAUAAUGUCAUUAACAAAUUCUCAGAUGUAUGCUUUCAUGAAUCCAUAUUAAAUUAUCUAAAUAAUAAAUUUAAUGAACCCACAGCUAUUCAAAAAAUCACAUGGCCUAUUGCUUUAUCUGGAAAAGAUCUUAUAGGUGUAGCAGAAACUGGAAGUGGAAAAACUUUAGCUUUUGUCUUGCCAUGUUUUAUGCACAUACUAAAACAUAAAGAAAUUGUAAAAAAUAAUAAUGAACAAAUAAGUCAAACGAAUAAUUUACAUCAAGAAGAGGAAGUGCAAAUAAAUAAUCAUCAUUUUAAUGAAAAUAAUGACAACAACGACAAAAAUAAUAUUAAUAGUAAUAAUAAUAUUAAUAGUUAUGAUUAUGAUAUGAAUACCUCUGAACGUGUAAGCGAUAGCUAUGGACUUAUUUUAUUACCUACCAGAGAAUUGUGCUUACAAGUUCUAGAUGAAAUAAAAGCUUUUGAAAAAAACUUACCAAUUAAAAGUGUUGCUGUUUAUGGUGGAGUACCCAAAUAUUAUCAAAUAAAUAAUUUAAAAAAAGGUGCUGAUAUUAUUGUUGCAACACCUGGAAGACUUUUAGACUUUCUAGAAAAUGGUAUUAUCAACCUUCUUAAAUGUAUUUAUGUUGUUAUCGAUGAAGCUGAUCGUUUACUUGAUAUGGGAUUCGAAAAACAAUUAAGAAAAAUUAUGACACAAGUUAAUAAAAAUAAACAAUUGUUAUUUUUAACAGCUACAUGGCCUGAACAAGUCAGGAAACUUGCAUAUGAUUUCUGUUCAUACGAUCCAGUAAAAAUUCAAAUAGGAAAAAAUGAAUUGACAGCAAAUAAAAAUAUUGAACAAAAUGUAAUUAUAAGUUCUUCUAUUGAUAUGAAGAAAAAAUUAUUAGAUUGGUUAAAAGAAAAUUAUGAAAAUAAUAAAAUUCUAAUAUUUUGUGAUACCAAAAGAAAUUGUGAUAAUUUAUGUAAAGAAUUAAGAUAUCAUCAAUAUAAUGCUUUAUCCAUUCAUGGUGAUAAACAGCAAAGAGAAAGAGAUCGAAUUUUAAAUAAUUACAAAACAGAUCGAUGUAAUAUAUUGGUAGCAACUGAUGUAGCUUCAAGAGGAUUAGAUAUUAAAAACAUUUCAGUUGUCAUUAAUUAUGAUAUACCUAAUACAAUAGAAGAUUAUAUACAUAGAAUAGGAAGAACAGGAAGAGCUGGAAAAAAAGGAAAAUCUAUUUUGUUCUUUUCAUAUGAUUAUUAUAUACCACAAAAAUUAAAGUUUGCAAAAGAAUUAAUUAAAUUGUUAAAUAAAACAAAUCAAACGGUUCCAGCUCAAUUAAGAGAAAUAGCUUAUUCGAGAUAA